GCGCGGCCCGGUACGGUUCUGUUCUGUUACCCCGUCAUGUCAGAGGGUCCGCUUUCGUGAUGGGAGCUCACUGCCGCGGUAAUAUCGGUGGGUGCCAUCGGUAGCCGAUUCCCAACGCCGAUAUACCAUUCUCAGUGUUAUCCGUGUGGUACUAGCUUGUCUUUCCGGGGGUGCGAGCGGGUGUGAGUAAAGAGAGGGGUGUAAAGAGCAGGGCGGGAGUGCGUGAGUGCAGGGGAGGACAGGGCAGUGACACACAGACAAAAAUACUCCAAGGCCAAUUUGAUUGGAGAUACGAUGUCGAAGACUUGAUUAGAAAACGAAAUUAGUCAGUGUUAGGAGGCUGAGGGAAAAAUUAGCUGGUAGAAAAUUGCAGCUCGAUGGUAUUAUCGUUGUUGCCCGCGACUGGGGUAAUUCUGAGACGUCAUCGCCCUUCUUUCAGCAAAAACAAACACGCUUGCAUCGCAUGCGGAAGAUUGGAUUCGUUUACGCUUUUCGCACGUUAGAGGUGAAUAUCGGUUCGCAAUUGACGGUAGUCAAUGUUGAUGUAAUAGAAAGUAAAAUUUAUGCAAGAGAAACAUAAUAAAUGAAAGAAGAUAGUCUUUUAGAAGUGACUGAUUAUUUAUCUCGAGGCUCGAAAAAAAAAAGAAAUCUGUUUUUGCUUCUUGUCCUUUUCCUCGAAGGGGAAGUAAAUUUUUAGAAUUUUCAUCCCCCGAAAACGAGCCGCGAGUCAAGAUAACGCCGCGGGAAGAUCGCCCUGAGUCAGUCCGAAUGAAGAACGAGAUCUUUCCACGCGGAGUUUUAUUCCCGAAGAGACGGCAAGUAACUUGCUGAAAGAAAGUUACCGCGUCAAGUUCCAGCCGCAUACAACUUUUGACACACAACUCUGACAAUAUGUCUGGGAACUACUCGGUGCGCUGCGAGCCGGGCCUAAUGAUACCGCUCUGGCGUCCGGAGAACAACUUGCAUCUAAUCGACAUCAUCUUCCGGGGCCUGGUGUACUUUUUUUUGCUGUUAUACCUGUUCAUCGGCGUGUCGAUCAUUAGCGAUCGUUUUAUGGCUGCCAUCGAAGUGAUCACGUCCAAGGAGAAAGAAUUGGUGGUGCGUCGUCAUGGGAGGGAGCCGCAGAUCAUCGUGGUGCGAGUGUGGAAUGAAACGGUAGCCAAUCUGACUUUAAUGGCGCUCGGCAGUAGUGCUCCUGAGAUCUUGCUGUCUAUCAUUGAAAUUUGGGCGAAGAACUUUCAAGCGGGUGAGCUGGGCCCGGGCACGAUCGUUGGCUCCGCCGCUUACAAUCUCUUUGUUAUUAUUUCCUUAUGCGUCUUUGUGAUUCCCAAUGGUGAGACCCGGAAGAUAAAACAUCUGCGCGUUUUCUUCGUCACCGCCACUUGGAGCAUCUUCGCCUAUGUAUGGCUCUACGUUAUCCUGGCGGUUUCCAGUCCCGGUGUACUGGAGAUCUGGGAAGGCAUCUUGACCUUCGCCUUCUUCCCAGCCACAGUAUUGACGGCUUACGUUGCUGAUCGACGACUGUUGAUUUACAAGUAUCUGCACAAAGGUUACCGAAUGAACAAACGGGGUGUAAUCGUGCAGGCGGAGGCUGGAGAUUCCGAGAUGGGGGUGGAGCUGGAGAUCAAGCCUCAGCAAGAUGGUUUUCAUGGCAUGGUGGACCGCCUAGCCGACGGCGAUUCCCCCGAAGCGAGAGAGUUCGAGCAAACUCGCCGAGAUUACAUCAAUACGUUAAAGGAAUUGCGUAAAAAGUAUCCUACUUUGGCUCUGGAACAAUUGGAAGUUAUGGCUCACGAGGAGGUGUUGGGAAAAGGUCCUAAGAGCAGGGCCUUUUAUAGGGUGCAGGCUACGAGGAAGAUGGUAGGCGCGAAGGCCGAGUUGCAGAAAGCUGAAGCGGAGAGUAUCGAUAUCGAACAUGUCAACGCCAUGAGAGUAUUUUUCGAACCUGGUCAUUAUACUGUGAUGGAAAAUGUUGGGACCUUUGAAGUGGGCGUUUCCAGGGCUGGAGGUGAUCUCAACAGACCCUGCACUGUAGAUUACUGCACCGAAGAUGGCUCCGCUGAAGCGGGAUCUGAUUAUGUGAGUGCCAAGGGCACUCUGACUUUUGAACCUGGCGAGACUAUGAAGACUAUCAAGCUUUCAGUUAUCGAUGACGAAUUGUUCGAGGAGGAUGAACAUUUUUAUGUGAGGCUUAGUAAUGUAUCACAACCAGCAAUGCUUGUCUCGCCGAGCUUGGCAACGGUAAUGAUUCUGGAUGACGAUCACAGCGGCAUUUUUGGGUUUCCCGAGAGAGAUGUAGAACUAGUGGAAAGCGUGGGUCAGCAUCCUCUACGGGUAGUGCGCUAUAGUGGGGCCCGAGGUCGCGUUAUUAUCCCUUAUCGUACUAUGGAGGGCACUGCGAAGCCUGGCAAGCAAUAUGUGCAUACCGAAGGCAGCUUGACGUUUGAGGAUAAUCAGACAGAAAAAGUUAUCAACCUGGAAAUUAUCGAAGAGGAUUCCUACGAGAAGGAUGCUCUUUUCUAUGUCGAAUUGGGCGAGCCGGUGCUGCAAGGAGUUAGUCCCGCGCUGAUUGAUUUAAUUAACUGUCACAGUACGGAAGCAGGAAUCGCUGCAGCGGCGGAGCUGAAGCAGCCGGAGGAGAGAACGGAAGAGGAGAAAAUGGCACUGUUGGGCAGACCGCGCCUAGGUGAAGUGUUCCGAGCACAAAUCAGGAUUAAAGAAUCCAAGGAGUUCAAGAACACUGUGGAUAAGCUUGUCCAGCGAGCAAAUGCCUCUAUAAUACUUGGCACAAGUUCUUGGAAAGAACAAUUCAUGGAAGCGUUGACCGUCAGUAGAGGCGAUGAAGAUGACGUUGAGGGUGAAAACGAUCAACCUUCCUCACCAUCCGUAAUGGAUUAUCUUAUGCACUUCCUUACUAUCUUCUGGAAGGUUCUUUUUGCCUUCGUUCCACCCACAGAUAUCGCCGGCGGUUAUUUGUGCUUUAUCGUCAGCAUUCUGGGGAUUGGCGUGGUCACGGCGAUAAUCGGCGACAUUGCUUCGUAUUUCGGUUGUACUUUGGGCAUCAAGGAUUCUGUCACCGCGAUUGUUUUCGUCGCCCUCGGUACCAGCAUUCCCGACACGUUCGCGAGCAAAGUGGCCGCCUGCCAGGACAAGUAUGCCGACGCGAGUGUGGGCAAUGUGACUGGAAGUAACGCGGUAAACGUCUUCCUGGGAAUCGGCGUCGCGUGGAGUAUCGCCGCCAUUUACCGUGCUUGCCACAGCGAACCGUUCCUUGUCGAACCUGGCAAUUUGGCCUUCUCCGUCACCUUGUUCUGUAGCGAGGCUUGCUUCGUGAUCGUGGUGCUGUUGGUGAGACGAGUCAAGUCGAUCGGCGGGGAAUUGGGCGGACCUUUUAUACCGAAACUCAUCACGUCCGUGUUCCUGUUCUCCCUUUGGCUGCUCUAUCUCAUCAUGUCCACCCUUGAGGCCUACGGCGUGAUCCAGGGUUUCUAAACCAAGGCCAAUGCAACGCCAUGUCGGCCUAUCCACUGCGUAUAUCUUAGCUCUGGCGUCCGCCAAGACACGUGCUCAACGAAACUAUUAACCGGACACAGAAACGGUCUCGGGACGAUACGAUUUCGCGAAGAACGAACUUUAAUUGUGCCAGAAACUCACAUAAGUUCAUCCUCUGAGACGAUUAACAACGAACAUGUCGCGUGACGUAUUAAAUGGAUCUGUGUAUGUAUAUGUAUGUAUGUAUAGGUAUCUGAGAACAUGGGAGUGCUUGCGCGAGAGAGAGAGAGAGAGAGAGAGAGAGAGAGAGAGAGAGAGAGAGAGAGUGUCCAGUAAAAAGAAGAAAGCAAAUCGAUGGAGAAAAGGACAAGCGACGAAGGGAAAAGAAAAAAACUAACGACAAGAAGAGAAGUGCGCGUGCGAGAAAAAAAUGUGAGCUUGCCUUAAAAUAAUUCAAAGGAAGAAAGAAGUAAGUGCGUUCUAGUCAUGUCAUAUUCCCCGCAAAAGAAAAACAUUUGGCUGUUAUAAAAAAAGAAAAAAAAAGAAAAAAGAAAAUGGAGAAGAAGGGUGAAAAAAUAUAGAUAGUAUACGUAUGUCUGAUCAGAUCGCAGGUACACGCAUAUGUGUACAUAUUGUAUUUAUUUAAUUCUACAGAAGAAAUACACAAGUUUCUAUAUGGUAA